CAUGGCCGAGCUGCUCGUGAGGCACCUGGGAAGCAGCAUCUAUGCCGACGUUCGUCUUUUGAGCGGAGCGAUGCCGGAGGCGGAGCGGCGACGACUGGGGCAGUAUCAGUACCAGAGGGAGUUGGUGAUGCUGGAGGACUUGGUAAUUCGCCAGAAGUCGGAGCGCGGGAAGGAAGCGGCGCGUCUGGCACUGCAGCUGCAGGAGAAGCUGCACGACAGCCAUGUGGCAGGCCGUCGCUACGAAGGCCUCCCGCGUGCUGCCGGACGCAGCGUCCUGCAGCUGUCUGUCAGGAAAGGCCUCGUGCAGCUCACGUACCUGGUGGUGCAGGUGGGCCGCCUUCCGGUUGACGUGACUCUUGACGACAUUUGCGGCACCACCGCUCUCCACGAGGCCGCCUCCCACGGCAAGGAUUCUUGCGUCGCGCUGCUGCUCGGCGUCGGUGCAGACCCGCUUCGACGUGACAGGUACGACCAGACGCCCCGUCUCCUGGCCGCCAUGUUCGGCCACAAGAGCACCGAGCAGCUGCUGGCACUACACGAGCCGCGUGACCCCCCCUGCCGUGCGGGCACCACCGCCGAGCAGGCAAACCACAACUAUGACGCCUACCUCCGGAGAUACGAAAAGCUUGGCAGCGAGAAACGGGAGUCCCUAACGCCCAUUGACCGUCACUACCCAGAGCGAGUCACGUGCAGGCUCAUGGAGGCCAUCGGAGUCCAGGAGCUGUGGGAGAGGGCUGGUGAUGCUCUUGUGGAUUUUUCCCGUGGUGAGGCCCGCGAGGUGAAGGACGCAGUGAUGAAGGAGCUGCAUUCCAUUAUAGAGAAGAUUGCGCAGGAAGACAGUCUGUACAACGGCAAGCUAAGGCUGGUGGGCAGCUCAGAAGAUGGGUCAAAAAUAUACUGCCCCGACGAAAUGGACGUCAACCUUCUGAUUACGCCGAAGAACGUCAAGGUCGAGGUGGAAGAGACCCCAAAGGGACUGGCGCCAGCCAAGGGAAAUUAUAAGAUGUCCAUUGUGGCCGACGCGCCCGGUCUCCAGGGAAACAAGCUGAUGUAUAACCUGUUCCUUCUGUUACACAAGUGCCUCGCGAAGUACACACUGCAGGAUGAAAGGCUGAGCUUCGUGCCGCCCGGCCUGAGCAGCACGCAGGUGGGCGCUGCCCUCACCCUGGCCUGGCAGGGGAAGGAAUAUCCCCUCCUCCUGGUCGGUGUGGAUCUCGUGCCGGUGCUGGAGCUGCCGUGGCACGAGAAAAUAUCAAAACCAAAGCUCAUCAAGGACACUGCCAAGACAUUCCACGUCAGCAACACAGCUGACGGCUAUUGGCGUUGCAGUUUUGCCUUGACAGAGGCAACGGUGCUGAAAAAAUUGUCCCCCAUCAGACGACGUGUCAUGGUAAUGGGAAAGGUUCUGCUUUCCUGCCUCAAGACCGAGCCGUGGAUGCCACAGCACAUGAAGCACCUCUGCACCUGGUUCGUUGAUCGGGCGUGGAAAAUCAUCGUUCCAAACGGAUUCUGCUUCAAGAACGCUUUCCUUAGCUGGCUCCAGGAGCAGGCAGAAGAUCAGCAGGUCACCAGCCAGGAGGAGGCUCGGUUUUGCACAGAGGCACUGAUAGCCAUUUACAGGCAGCUGUGUGACGAGCCCGAAGUACUGCGGGGCCACCUGCGGCCAGGCCGGAUCUCUGCAUACUUUGGAGGAGAUUUCGAAGGCAUCAAGCAGGGAGAAGGCGCUCCGCUCAUCGUGCGCUGCCUGGAGGAACAAUUGGAGAAGGAAUGAAAACAGUGAAAAUGGUGGAAGGGAAUAUGAAGAGAAGGAAGAGGAACGAGAAUGCCAUGGACUUUGCUAGUGAGGACUGUUAAAAGAAAAAAAGAUAGUUCCCUUGAAUACAUAUGUAGACAUUGUUAUGUCCCUCUAGGAAAAGUGGUUGACGUUCACUUUGUAGAAACAGAUGAUUUU